UGAUGUUCAGUUAGAAUUAUAAUGGCGUAGAGGCAACCGGAAUAAUUUUGCCAUUCGUGUUCAUGUCAAAUGGUUAAGUUUCUCACAAAUAAAUAAUAUGGAAACUAAAAGUGCAACUGCUGGGUCCGGUGAACCAGAAUCAAACCGAUUCUUGAUAGUAGAUUUCACUGAUGAUGAUAUCGCCUACAAAUCCAACAGUGUUCAGCAGAACCCCGACGCACAGGACUACUACCUUCUGCAGCAACAUCUCCAUUCAGAGAAGCUCCUCUUCGAAGACCCUGACUUCCCCGCUUCAAUCCACACCGUACUGGGACAUGAAUCUACGGUAAAGACAAACAUCCAAUGGGUACGUCCAUUGGAAAUCAACCCCCGACCAAAGUUUUUCGUUGAGGAACCAUCCGAAUUCUGCGUAGAGAAGCGAUCCGUUCUGCAUGGCUUCCUUUCAGCAGCAAUGAUCAGUCUUACAACCAAUGACCGAGCAUUUCGUCGAACCGUUCCGACGGAUAACUCCUUCGAUGAGGAACGCUAUACCGGAAUGUUUCACUUUCGUUUCUGGCAGUACGGUAGAUGGGUAGACGUGGUGAUCGACGAUCGGCUUCCGACCAUGGAUGGAAAACUGAUAUUCAUAAGACCGACCCAGCAGAACGAAUUCUGGUUCGCUCUGUUGGAGAAGGCAUAUGCGAAGCUUCGUGGAUCGUUCGGUGCAAUAGUUUCCAGUACGGUCACUGAAGCCAUGCAGGACUUCACCGGAGGCAUCACCGAACGGUACUAUCUAGGCGAUGCGGUAUUGGUGACGGACAGUAGCUACGAAACGAUCAACCGUAAGCUGAGCAAGGGAUCUAUCAUGGCUGCAAUCAAAGUGCGCAACUACCAAGGAUCGGAAAAACAAUCGCAAUAUACAUAUUCUAUUAUGAAGACAGCCAUAAUCGAAAGCAGGCUGAUCUGUUUGCAAACGCCACUGGAGGAGCUAAUCGAGAUCUAUUCUCUACGAAACGAUGGAACAGCUGACUGUUUUAGGAAAUCCUGGAUACGGUUUGAUGAAUUUGUUCGGCUCUACAAUCGAGUGGAGAUUUGUAACGUGCUCCCCGAUUCCAUGGGAAAUCCCAGCGGUGACGAAUGUAGCUGGCAAUUAUCAUGCAUACAAGGAGGAUGGAUCGCGGAGUCUACGGCAGGUGGUCCAAAGGAUGACGCAAACUCAUUCUGGAAGAAUCCUCAAUACAUAGUUCACCUGGUUCAACCCGAUCAGGUUGAUAGCUCCGGCAUGUGUCAUCUAACAAUCUCAUUGAUCCAGAAACCUAGAAAAGGAGUUAAUCUUCCGAUCAGUUUUGUCGUCUAUCGAAUAUCAGAGAACGAUUUCCGUUCCAAGCCCGUACCGAUGACGUUUUCCAAGAAAAAAGAACCUACAGUGGUAGCAUACCCAACCUUUUCCACCGUACGUGAGGUCACCAGCCGAGUGAAAACCUUACCCGGCGUUCUACUCAUAGUUCCGUGCACUCAACAACGAAACUUAGAAGGUGAAUUCUUCUUGAGAAUCUACUCUAGACCCCGCCGUAAAACAAACGAAAAUUUCAAGGAAAAUACUCCUUCCAUGAACGAAAAAUGCUGGCACUCGGUGGUACGAAUGUUCUACAGUCUGGCUGAUACCAAGGCAUCGAUUGAUCAUACCGCGUUAGCGUCCAUAUUGAUUGCACAUUUUUUCGACAUGAAAUCCGAAUUCAAACAACGGAAAGGACCCUGGAAAAGUUUAACGCGAAAGCGCACUCCCUCGGCGGUUGUGGCAAAUCCUUCAACCAAUGAUUGUCAUCGAGAGGUUAUCGAACAACUUGCUCAGCAUCUAAUUUCCCGGCUUGAACUUGGUCCCCCGGAACGGCUGAACUACGCUCAAUUCAAGCGAAUCGUUCAUGAUGUCCAACAGUGGAAAGAGAUGUUCGAUUUGUACGACUUGGACCGAACCGGUCACGUGAAGAGGAAAAAUUUGAUCAAGUCAUUGAAAAGCUCGCUUGGUGAAGAUAAUAAACAACAUACUGUCAGCGCUCUCUUACGGGUCGUGGAGAAAAGUCAAGUAGACAAAAUCACUUUUGAGGAGUUUGUUUCAUUUCUUCUGGAAAGUCAACCGUUAGGAUAACAUUAAUUAAAUCAUUCAAGGAUA